GGACCAGGUGGAGGGGCGGCGAAAGGGGUAGAGGGCAGAGGACGGACGGUAGACCGAGAGAGGCUCGGAGGCCUUGGCUGGCUCUCCGCACUUCCGCUCUUGUGUUGGUUCCACAACCCCUGGCUACGUGAGGCGUAGUAGUUGUGGGGUUCAGAGGGUCAGCAAUCAGUUCUCCGAAUCCAGAGAUUCAGUACUUGUCGUCAGUAUCGGUACUCAGGGCUUGGUUUAGGUAGCAGUCGCCAUCAUGCUCAAAGCUGUGAUCCUGAUUGGAGGCCCUCAAAAGGGGACUCGCUUCAGGCCUUUGUCAUUUGAGGUGCCCAAACCACUCUUUCCUGUGGCGGGGGUCCCUAUGAUCCAGCACCACAUUGAGGCUUGUGCCCAGGUCGCUGGGAUGCAGGAGAUUCUGCUCAUUGGCUUCUACCAACCUGAUGAGCCCCUUACCCGGUUCCUAGAAGCUGCCCAGCAGGAGUUUAAUCUUCCGAUCAGGUACCUGCAAGAAUUUGCCCCCCUGGGCACAGGGGGUGGUCUCUACCAUUUCCGGGACCAAAUUCUGGCUGGAGGCCCCGAAGCCUUCUUCGUGCUCAACGCUGACGUCUGCUCCGACUUCCCCUUGAGCGCUAUGUUGGAGGUCCACAGAUACCAACCUCACCCUUUCUUGCUCCUUGGCACCACGGCUAACAGGACACAAUCCCUCAACUAUGGCUGCAUCGUGGAGAAUCCACAGACGCAUGAGGUCCUGCACUAUGUGGAGAAACCCAGCACUUUUGUCAGUGACAUCAUCAACUGUGGCAUCUACCUCUUUUCCCCGGAAGCCCUGAAGCCCCUUCGGGAUGUCUUCCAGCGUAAUCAGCAGGAUGGGCAACUGGAGGACUCGUCAGGCUUGUGGCCUGGGGCAGGUACCAUCCGCCUGGAGCAGGAUGUGUUCUCCGCCCUGGCCGGGCAGGGCCAGAUCUAUGUGCACCUCACUGACGGCAUCUGGAGUCAGAUCAAGUCUGCAGGCUCAGCCCUCUAUGCCUCCCGCCUCUAUCUGAGCCAGUACCAGCUCACUCACCCAGAACGCCUGGCCAAGCACACCCCAGGGGGUCCACGGAUUCGAGGAAACGUUUACAUCCACCCAACAGCUAAGGUGGCCCCGUCUGCUGUGCUGGGCCCCAACGUCUCCAUCGGGGAGGGGGUGACCAUGGGCGAGGGUGUGCGGCUCCGAGAGAGCAUUGUCCUCCAUGGAGCCACACUGCAGGAGCACACGUGUGUUCUGCACAGCAUCGUGGGCUGGGGGAGCACCGUAGGGCGCUGGGCCCGCGUGGAGGGUACCCCCAAUGACCCCAAUCCCAACGACCCCCGAGCCCACAUGGACAGUGAGAGCCUAUUCAAGGAUGGGAAGCUGCUCCCUGCCAUUACCAUCCUAGGCUGCCGCGUCCGGAUCCCUGCCGAGGUGCUCAUACUGAACUCGAUUGUUCUGCCACACAAGGAGCUGAGCCGCAGCUUCACCAACCAGAUCAUCCUCUGAGGGGGGCUGCCUGAAGUUCCCCCCAGCUCUGAUCCGCUCCCUUUGAGGCUCCUGCCUGCAUGGCCAGCCUCUGUCCAGGAGGGACCGGAGGAAGCCAGCCAGGCUCUUCCUGUGCACGCGCACGUGGGGAGCAACGUGGGUGGCUGGGGGACUGGUGGCCUCCCUCUCCACUCCCUAAUAAACCUGGGUGAACCUUGGAGCCGG